GGGAUCUUUUUGUCGGGACUGAGCGACAUCGACGCGAACAAGUGUGCUAAGACAGAGAGAACGCAGCUGCCUGACCCUCCUCUUCUCGAUACUUCCCCUCUACAUGAUGAUCCAAAAUUUACCUAGUUAUACCCCUCCUGACAAUCCCCAUGGUUCGGCACGCUUUCGUGACUAAAAGUUUCGAUCUGAACUACCCGUGGCUAAUCGUACUGUAUCUUUUCUCGUCUGUCGAAAAAGUUCUUGUAAAAUUGCUGCGAUGUGAAAGAAAUCGACCAAACCCUUUGUUGUUUCUUCUUAAGUCACUUUCAUCAUCCAUUCUUUAUGCAGCUCAUGUUCGGCCAACCUUUUCUUCUCAUUAGUGAUAACUUCAAGUUCAAUGUCUAGCAUCUAAUCUAGCUAAUCCUAAUCCUAGCCCUAAGACAAGUAGAUCAAAAAAAUUUUCUCGUCCUCCUUCCACUCCCCGGGGUGACGAGAUGACGGCCGGAGGAGGCGGAUCGGCCCCCAAGCAAGGGGCAGGGAGUUGCAAAGUUUUCAACCGUACGUUUUUGGCAGACAUUGUGGCAGAUGGGCAGAUGGACGAAGGAAUGGCCCCGCUUCCGGAGGAAAGGAAGCAUCGUGAAAUAGAAGACAAACCUGCGCCAGGCAGAACGAAGCAUCGUGAAAUACUGGGACGCGUGCAUGAACAAAGAAGAAAAGACCAAGCCACGAUUAAGAAGAAUGUACCUAGCUGCUAGAGCUACUUUUGUCUUUUUGUGAUCAAGUUAUUAUUCUUGAUGAAGAAGAAGAUGGUCUAGGUCUUGAUGAUAUUUAAUUACACGACCAUCAACCAUUCUCCAUCUCCACUUCGUGAUCUAGGUCGAGCGCAACAAGGAGGUCCGAGAACGCCGUUUUGAGCGUCUUCUCCAGGGUUGCAUCGGCAGUGACGAGGUCCGCUUGCGUGGUCAGGUCACGGAGAUGCUGCGACAACAGCAUAACAUGAAUGCAAGAAAAGUCGGCAUACAGUUCCAGUCCUGGAAUGAGAAGGUUUUUGAAAGCGUGCAAGGCCAAUUAGACGCGAUCAUGAACCCGCCAUCACGCGAAUUGAUACAAACGUUCACUGGAAUGAAGAACGUGGAGUUUUAUGGCGUGAUUCUAGCGCCUGUUAAUAUCGUUCGUAUUGUGGUGCAUCCGAAAAAUUAAACCUGCUGACAGUUACUGAAAAGAAGGAUGAGCAGGAAUCGACUUCAUGUUCAUAGACUCUAGUAGCUUGUUGGCCAGCAACAUUUUUGAUUUUAUUGUCUCGUUUUUUCAACUUGACUCUGUCUUCCUCUUCUCGCCCUCCCCCCUUCAUCUCCCUGAGCUUCCGGACGUGAAGAAGCGGGUGAAGAGUUCUAGCUUUCGCGUGAAUCCGACAUACAAGGAUCUAGUAAAAAACGCUGACGAAAACGCUUUCCGCUACGCCAUGGACCUAGCAACGGAGAGUGCAGAAAGAAGCACGAAGAACGGCAUGGACAGCGCAAUAUCGGAAUAUACGGGAAGUUAUGCACUCAAGGUUUGAGGACGAGAGGUCGUACAUUUUUCACAAAUAAAAGGAACUAGUUUGACUGCAGCUCGUAGAUCCCUCUACAACUACUUGUUCAUGGUCAACAUACAUAAUAUAAUAAUAUCUUCUGAGACAAUACGUUGAGCGCCAACUAAUUAUCAACACCUUCCUCUAAUCCCUCGCAGCAGGUGGUGGUGCGCGGGUUGUCGCAGGCGAAGGUGGUUUUCCAGUGCCGCCUGGAGCUGGUCGGAUGCCUCCGCGUGGUAUGGGCCUUUCCAUUGGGCCGAGUGUCAAUAGCUAUGGCGCUGCAGUUGGUGGAGCAUCUUCAUCGAGUAGCAAUCUUCUAGCAGCAGAUAAAGAGAAGCAGGCGAUGUACACGGAGGCCUUGCAUAGUGGCAUCGACACAAAGCUGUUGCAGAAAGGACACUUGUUAUGACACAUGUUGAUCUUCAUGUCUGAGAAAAUUUAAGAUUAUUUAUUCGUCGUCUCCUCGUGCCUCAUAACUAGAUCUUGCUUUCUCUCUUCUAAUCCGUAACCUCGCUCCUGGUAUGGAGGGCGCUCCGGUCGUCCCGAAGUUCGCCGAGGAACAUCGCGUGAUUCCACCAGUCUCUUUGGACUUGUCGUACAGGAGCAUGAACAACUUCCCGAAGUAUCCGGAACCUAGUUUAACAGCGAUCCAUGGCAUCGACUACGACCCACAUUUGCACUACCUGGAUCUUCUGGAUCCAAACAAGCUGGGCUACAACAGUGACGAUCCUAGACAACCGAGUGAUCCGUUGCUGGCUCGCACUAGGCCAGUGCUCGAGCCGCACUUGUGGGAGCAGCUGCGGAUUCAAGCGACGCCGUAUGGGCAUUUUGCGCAGGUGUGCGCGCAAGGACCAGACUAUCAAAAAACAAGAAACUUUGUGCCGGAUGAAACGUUAUGGCUGGUGGUUCAUUUGAUGUUACAGUUGUAGUUACCGUCGUCUCUUGUGUAAGUUGUAGUACAGCUGUAGUAAGAGUUUGGAAGAAAAGCACGUCCUCAUCCCCAACUUUCUUUUGUUCUCUCUCUAAUAUGCGACUGUGUCCCCGCAGCAGGCAAGCGCAAAACGCGGUUUACAAGGGAUGACGUUGGAAUUCUCAAGGGCGAAAUUAGGGAUCGUGGAGAAUCGUCGCAACACAAGAACACGUUUGGGGCGAGCUCAGCGGCACCUAAUCAGGAUCACUACACGUACGAGAAGGGCACAAGAGUAGUGGACAACGAAUUCCCAUUGGGAAAAAUGAUGCUGCCGCAUAAACACUGAUCUUUCUAGAUUUUGGUGGAGAAGGAUUAGGAUAGGUCGUUUUCAAUUUGGCGUUUAGAUCCGUCAUUGAUGUUUAGGUUUUUUGCUUCAUUCUAUCGCAAUUAUUCAGACAGUCAGAGUUUACCACCAGAGUUAGCGUUAUAGUUACAACUUGAAUGUGAAUCCGUCACAGAACUAUUAGAGGAUCACAUCGCAGAACCAUUCAAUCGAAAGUUUUUACCAGUGAUACUAGUCCAGAAUUUCUAUGUCUUUUGCUUUUCGAACAAUUAUAAAUAGCGUAAAUAGCGUACAAAUCGAAUGAUAAUGCUCGUACAUCAAAAUUAACACAAAAGAUUACAGAUUUAUGCUGGCAGCAAGUAGAAGCACUCAGGCCAACCAAACAAAACCAGGUGGAUAGACCACGACUCAGAAAUCCAAUUGCAAUAUGCUCGUUUGUAUAACAAGACCUCUUUACUACUAGCCGAAAGUAGUGCACAGAGGUACCAUGACAUGACAUGACUUCAGCUUGAAGACCGAUGUUGAGGAACUUAAUUAGAAAAGAGUGGCCAUGACUUGCCCCUGCAUCAAAUUAUCGACUUCUUGCGAGGACAUCAAAAAUUCCUGAUGUUGAGCUGAACCUGAACUAAUGCAUGGGGAUGAUUUUUCUGAUGUAGCAUGAAAAUUGGAAUAUGUUGCGUUGUUCGCUCUUCCUCAGUGGUGCUGAUGUUAUUCUUCGCGAAAAUUUACUUAAGCAAAAUGUGUUCAAGUAACCCGCAUGCGAAUGCC